AUGUUUUUAGUUCCUGUCCAUGUUUAGUUGUCUCUGGUUGUUUUUAAAAUGGCCUGUAACAGAGUUAUCACUUAUGAGGAAUUCUUGGAUCAAAAGCCGCCAAUAAAAGAACUAACUGAACAAAUUGAUACUAAGAAUGAAUGGCUUAUGUUUGGAGUUAUACUAGGACUGAGUAAAGAUGCUAUACAUCAGCUACCAAGGGGCAUAAUCACUGGAAAGACUGUAGCAUUGCUUGAGUUAUGGCUACUUGCUCCUAAUGCAAGCAGGAGACAAUUGCUAGAGGAUUUAAGAAAGGAUCCAGAUAAGAAGGAUGUUGCUGACAAUUAUGAAAAGCACCUCACUGAUACUUAUGAGGCAGAAUGUAAACAAUCAUUUGAAGAGGAAGCUGCCAGUCAAUGUUUUGUACCAUCAAGAGAAGUAACAGUAUUGGAUAUGGAGGGAAAACUAAAGACAAAGAAUGCUGAGAUUGAGUAUUUACAAUCUACUAUUAAAGAGAAGGAAAAUGAAAUGAAUGAUGCAAAGACAAAAAUAAAAGAACUGGAGAGGUCUUUAUCAUUAGCUUCAGAUGAUAUGAACACAAAUCUUGAGAAAAAAGAUCAGGAAAUUGAUGAUUUAAGGAUUUCUAUUAUAAGGAAAGAUGAUGAGUCAGAUUCUAAGAUUCGCAAAUUACAAAGUAUUAUCCAUGAAAAAGAAGAAGAAACCAAGGCAAAAAUAAAAGAACUGGAGGGGUCUUUAUCAUUAGCAUCAGAUGAAAGAAGUGAACUGAAAAGGAAUCUUGAAACAAAAGACCAGGAAAUUAAUGAUUUAACAGUGUCUACUCAAGAGAAAGAUGAAGAAGCUAAGGCAAAAAUAGAAGAACUGGAGAGAUCUUUAUCAUUAACUUCAGAUGAAAAAAGUGAACUGGAAAGGAAUCUUGAGACAAAAGAUCAGGAAGCUGAUGAUUUAAAAAUGGCUGCUCAAGAGAAAGAUGAAGAAAUGAACAGUGCCAAGGAAAGAGUAGAAGAACUGGAGAGGUCUUUAUCAUUAGCAUCAGCUGAUAUGAACAAGAUGAAGAGAAGCCUUGAGACAAAAGAUCAGGAAAUCGAUGAUUUAAAGGUUUCUAUCAAAGAGAAAGACAAUGAGUCAGAUUUUAAGAAUUGGGACUUACAAAAUUCAAUCCAUGAAAAAGAAGAGGCUAAAGAAACAGAGUUGGCUUCAUUCAGAGAACUGUCAGAAGAACAAUUACAAGAAUUAGUGGCAUUGAGAUUAAAACUAACUGACAAUCAGAAAGAUAUUGCUGAGAAAGAAUCAGUGAUAAAGUCAGUAAAUGAAGGUAAUGGUAAAGUUAAUUCACUGAAAAGUCAUUUAUACUAA